AUGAGUCGGUACAGGGCAUCAAAAGAAUAUAAAAUGACGUGGAGUACUUUGAAGGUCAAUGUUGAUAGGGUAAUAGAAGAACGCAAGCAGGGCAUAACACACAUUAAAAUGCUCAAGGUUGGUAGACCAUUUUCCUUGUCAGCAAAUUUAGAACAAAGUUUAUUGUCAUACAUUAUACAAAUGCAAGAACUUGGAUUUGACGCUAUUGCACCUGCCAAGUUAUCCGAUCAACCUGUAAUUACUGGACAAGAGUCAAUGGAAGAAAUAACUAUCGGUAUUGACUACGAUGAUGAAAUUCCUCACUCUGGAAUAUAUAAUGACCCUCUGUGUGACGGAGGAGUCAAAGAAAAUAACGAACCUUCGAUCUUAAGUACUAGUCUUUUUGAAAAGAAUGAACCUUCGAUCUUAAGUACUAGUCUUUUUUUUGGAAAUAACGAACCUUCGAUCUUAAGUACUAGUCUUUUUGAAAAAUCUCAAACACAAAAUGAUGAGCCCCUUGUUUUACAAAUGGAAUGCGAGUUAGAACCAAUUACCAAUACUGAACAAAACAUUUUAACCACCGACGACGUAUCAAGAUCUCUAAACAAACAUAAAAUAACUAUACAUGAUAUAUUAAUAUUACCAAAGUGGAAACCAAAUACCUAA